AUGGACGGAAUAUCAUUAGGAUUUUACGGGGAAAUCCUGCUUAGCAUUUAUUGUCCUAUCCAGCGCAGACGCGGGCAGGAACGACUGCGUCUCAUUGAAACCAGGCGAGCACUUUCUAACGAUUCAACUGUCAUAGGCAUAGAUGAUGAUAUUAAUAAUGAUAUUAUUAGUACUACUAUGAUAUAG